AGUCAUAUAUCUCAACAAACCCGUUAUCUGAUAUCCACACACACACACGAGGCCAAACAAGAAGAGAGAGACAGCGACUCUGUUUUGACUUUUGCGUAGAGACAGAGCCUUUAUAUUCGAACUUUAGCCAAAUAGAAAACCUGCCACUUCUGAAUCACUUUCUCUCUCCCUCCCUCAGUUCACAGGCCUGUCUUUUACCGAUGGAUUGCUUCUGGUUCUCACGCCACAAGAGUGGAGGAAAGCCUUCAGAAGUUGAUGGAGAACUUUCAGUGUCAGACAAGGUAAAGAUUUACAAAUACAAAGAGAUUCGUCAGGCUACAGAUGAUUUCAAUCCCGUGAACAAAAUUGGAGAAGGAGGGUUUGGUUCUGUGUACAAGGGUCAUCUUAAAGAUGGAAAGGUCGCAGCUAUCAAAGUCCUGUCGGCUGAAUCAAGACAAGGUGUAAAAGAGUUCUUGACCGAGAUCAAUGUGAUAUCAGAGAUACAGCAUGAGAAUCUAGUUAAGUUAUAUGGAUGCUGCGUGGAGGGGAAUCAUAGGAUUCUUGUUUACAACUAUCUCGAGAACAAUAGCCUUGACAAGACGCUUCUAGCUGGGGGAUACACUAGGAGUGGGGUACAGUUUGAUUGGAGUACACGUGCCAAUAUCUGCAUUGGGAUUGCUAAAGGUCUUGCAUUUCUUCAUGAAGAAGCAAGGCCACAAAUAGUUCAUAGAGAUAUCAAGGCAAGCAACAUUUUACUUGACAGACACUUGUCCCCCAAGAUAUCUGAUUUUGGACUUGCAAGGCUUAUGCCACCGAACAUGACUCAUGUCAGCACUCGUGUCGCUGGUACACUUGGUUAUCUAGCGCCAGAGUAUGCGGUUAGGGGACAGUUAACACGUAAAGCAGAUAUAUACAGCUUUGGAGUCCUUCUUAUGGAGAUAGUCAGUGGAAGAAGUAACAGAAACUUGCGGUUGCCCACAGAAUAUCAAUAUCUUCUAGAAAGAGCUUGGGAACUUUAUGAGAGGAAUGAGCUAGUGGAUCUUGUUGAUACAGGGUUAAACGGAGUCUUUGACGCAGAAGAAGCUUGCCGGUACCUAAAAAUAGGUCUUUUGUGCACGCAAGAUAGUCCUAAGCUAAGGCCAAGUAUGUCCAAGGUGGUAAAACUGUUAACGGGGGUGAGGGGUUUAGACAACAAGAAAAUAACAAGGCCGGGUUUGAUAUCUGAUUUUAUGGACUUGAAAGUGAGAGAACCGGUGGAAACAAAGGCAGGGGAAGUGAACAGACACAACUACGUAAACCCUUCUUCUUAUAAUGUCACCUCUAGCUCUGGCACUAGAGAUAACUCAUCAGGGGCUUCAUCAGCUAAUGCGGGUUGUUCAUUCAGCAGUACCAUUUAGAGAAGAAUAAAGUUCUUUUUUUUUCUGAACAGUUUUUGUUUUUGAGAUAUAAGUGGCCGUGGGAGAAAAAGCGGCUGAUGUUUCUGUGUGUCUCAUCAUCAUCAUCUUCUUCUUCUUAUUUAUUGAGUUCUCAGAGAGGUUUCUCUUAGGUUUUGAAUCAAUAGCGACUCUCAAAAAUGCGGUUUUCUGCCUCGUUGUUGUUAAAGUUCUCUUCAGUUGCAUUUUGCAAACAAAGAUUUGAGUGUAUAUAUAUAGAAGUUUGAAACUGAUAUGGUUUGAGUGUAUGUAUAUAAUAUGUGACGGUUCUAUUUAUACACCACUACAUUGAGCGUUU